CAGGGGAGGAGGGAGCAGUGCAGGGGGAGAGGAGGUAAUUUUUCUUCUUUUGUGGGAUUUUCACUGCACAGCGGAUAAAAAAGGCCAUUCUUGUCCUCCUGUUGUCGCCUAGGCCGGUCCCCUCGGUCGGCAGAUGCUGUCGCUCUCCCCAAAAUGUUCCGCUGCGCUGACCGUUUCCAGGCGGUGCUGGGCGGUAGAACGUAAAGGACACCCCGGAGCUGUGUGCCGUCUGCCGGCCUCUCUUUGUUAGGACUCGCGUGACUGGGCAUUUUUGUAGCUCUGAUUCCUCAUCAACCUCCUGAAGACAACUCAAGUGUUGGUGACCAUAAUACACAACUUUAUGUUCUGAAAAACUGGCGGGGGAAAUGGGGCCUGUACACUCUGCAGUAUGAAAACCCGACAAAACAAAGAUUCAAUGUCAAUGAGGAGCGGGAGGAAAAAGGAGAGUUCUGGCCCCCGAGAGGAGAGGAGGGCUAGAGGGCGAGCAUCACCUGGGGCUAUCAGCACAUCCAGCAGUGACAGUAAGAGCGAGAAGGGACGGCCAAGCUGCAAGAAGGGUCGGCUGGACGAUUCUGUUCCCAAGAACAGUAAAAGAGAGCGUGUGAAGGAUUCCUCAGAGAGCGAGAGCGAAGCAGCAAAAACGCAGAAAAAAACAAAGAUGGAGUCUCCUGAGGUUCCUCGGCCUCCUCCAGAUGAGGAAAGCCUGGAUGGUCAGAGUGGGAACGAGGAUGGGGGGAGUGACCCGCGUGACAUUGACCAGGACAACCGCAGCACAUCUCCAAGCCUGCACAGUGGUGACAGUGAAAGUGACGCCUCCUCUGCUCCCUCCCCCAAAUCUUUCCCAUCCCUAUACCGGAGCUCAACACCUCAACCUCCUUCUUCCCCAGUUGUGGAGACCUCCAUCAUAGCACCUCCGUCUCAGGCUCCACAGACAGCCCCCUCCAGUGAGUCCCAGACGUCUCGGCCCUACCAGGCUUCACACCUUCCACAGCUGUAUCCUAGCAGUGGAGGGAUAAACAAAAGUGGACCUGUCCAGACAGCGCCAGCCAAGCCUCCACCUACAACACCUAUUGUGGGGCUUGGUUCUCCUCGAUCCUUGGGCUCCCCAACUGCCUCUGCUCCAGCCUCUGCUAGCUCCUCUUCUACAUAUCCUCAUGUGUCGCACAACCUGCCCCCUCCUCCUGCCCUUCGUCCACUCAAUGCCUCCCCGGGUCUGCCCUCUCAGGUAGCGGAGAAGCCUGGAAUGUCUCUGACUCCUGCAAAUCUCAGAUUUCCUCCAUACCCAGGACAGUACCCACCUGGUUACUCCCAUCAAUAUCCUCCACAAAGCAAGUAUGGUCAGCCACAGCCUGGUUCCCAUCCCUCUUGGGGGCAAAGUGGGCAUAAUUAUGGGCGUAGUGGAGGGGGUCCUACAUACCCACCGCCUGCACCUCAGAAUGGACAAGUGGGUGGGGGACAAAAUCCUGCGGGAAGCUUCUCAUCCUCUCACCAUAGCAACAACGGAGUUCAGUCCCCUCUCAAUAACCUCCCACCUCAUCCACUGCCUGCUGCAGGUGGGAUUCAAUCUCCAGUAUCACAGAGCAGCAUUCUGCACCCAAACGGAGUGACAUCAGGAGGCAGAGGACAGUCUCCUAUUCAACCUCCAAAUAAUGCUCACCACACACAUGCCCUGCCCAGCAGAGGCCGCUCUCCAACCCCACAGUCUAACCUGCCUGUAGGGAGCACGUCACAGUCUGGUCAUCACCCACCUCACAUUCUCUCCGGUGGGCUUCUGUCUACAAACCAACCCCCUCAAAACAACACUCAGAUAACUGCAGCAGUUGGAAGCAAUACAUCAAGACAAUCACCUGCACCCACAAACAAUGCCCAUCUCAUGCCACCUUCAUCUUCUGCAAGUGGGAAUUUGGGAUACCACUCUCAGAUGGAUACCCAGAAUUCACAAUCAACGCACCCUGUGUAUCAGCCACAUUCAACCUCUAAUGCAUGUCACUACCCUGCUGGAUCACAGAAUUAUACCAACUACCCAUUUCAGGGGUGCAAAGGAGCCGCUCCUCCUACUUCACCCUAUAAAUCUGUACCCCCUCCUCCAUAUAAGUCAGGCCCUUUCCCCGUGUCUACCCCACCACCACAUGUAAGUCAAGGGUUUAAAGAGACUCCAGCUCCCGCCACCCAACCUGGACCUCCACCUCCUGUUCCAACAACAGUGCAAAUCAAACAAGAGCCACCAGAAGAAUGUGAAGCAGACGGAGGAAGCCCUGUACCACCCACCAGCAGCCCCUCGCCUCCACCAAAAAUAGUGGACACUCCGAGUCAUGCCAGCCAGUCUGCCAGGUUUAAUAAGCAUCUAGACCGGGGGUACAACUCUUGCUGUCGAACUGACCUGUAUUUUGUGCCCCUGGAAGGCUCCAAACUUUCUAAAAAGCGCACUGAGCAGCUGGAGAGAGCUCGGAGAGAGAGUGAGCAGCGAGCACGGGAAGUGCGUGAGAGAGAGCGUGAGAGGGAGCGUGAGCUGGAGAGAAGCACGAAGCUGGACUCCCGCUCUCAUGACUGCCCCCAGCUUUGCCCUCAGCCCCCUCCUCACCACCCCUCGCUGGCCUUGCCCUCUCCAACCUCUGCCCCCACACGCCCACCACACUUUGAACCUCCUGGGGCUGUUGCUGCCGUUCCCCCCUAUUUAGGACCUGACACUCCUGCCCUUCGCACCCUGAGUGAGUAUGCUCGUCCUCAUGUACUUUCACCUGCUGGACGAGCUGUACAGCCUCCUGGUCACCCCACAAACCACCCCUUCUACCUCCCACUAGGCGAUCCCCUUCUUGCCUACAACUUGCCUGCUGUGUUUGCCAGUGACCCAUCCCGAGCGGAGAGAGAGCUCCGGGAGAGGUUAAAACCUGGUUAUGAAGUAAAGCCAGGGGAACUUGAUCCCCUGCAUCCGUCGUCCCUACCUUUACCGCCCCCUCCUCAUCAUCCACCUCCUCCACAGCCUCCUCCCCAAGCUGCAGGGGUUCCACCCCAGAUGGGCCUUCAUCCUGCAUUUCCCUAUCACCAUGGGCAGCAUGCUCAUAGUCACGCCUUGGAAAGAGAGAGGUUGGCAUUAAGCACAGCUGCUGGAGGACCUGGUGGCACUCCAGCUGGGACAGGGCCGGCUGGAGGGAGUCGGGGAGAACUUUCCUACGCAGAACGCCUAGCAGCAGAGAGGCAGCACGCUGAGCGGGUGGCAGCAUUGAGUGGAGACCCCUUGACCAGACUCCAAAUGCUAAAUGUGACUCCCCAUCAUCACCAACACUCACACAUCCACUCUCACCUGCACCUACACCAGCAAGAUGCCAUCCAUGCAGCUUCUGCUGCUGUGCACCCCCUCAUGGAUCCACUAACAUCAGGGUCCCAUCUCACACGGAUCCCUUAUCCUGCAGCUGCUCUACAAAACCCACUAAUCCCUCACCCUCUGCAUGACAACGAUGUGCUCCGCCAGCAGAUAUUUGAAACUAGGUCUGCUGCUGGAAGAUCCUCUGCGCACAAUUGGGGUUCCCCGUACAGGGAUCUCCCUUCCACACUCUCUGCUCCGCUAUCCGCUGCCCACCAGCUGCAGGCAAUGCAUGCACAGUCAGCUGAAUUACAGCGUCUGGCACUGGAACAGCAGCACUGGCUGCAAACACACCACCCCCUGCAAGGUGUCACCCUCCCCGGCCAGGAGGAUUACUACAGGUGACAGCCCCAGUUUAAUCUCUCAUCAUGGAUGUAAAUUCAUUUGAAGAAAGAAACCGAUAAAUCUCUGUAAAGCCUACAGCUGUUUGCUAGAAUCCCAUUGGUCUCUUGACAACCGUAUCCCAUCACAGCAAGUCAGGAUCGGCACUGGAGCUUCCUAUACUGAUCAUCAGCUCACAGAGAGAAGACCCCCAAUGUGAAAGAGAGAGUGAUGGGGGUGGAAGUGAAACUAAGCCUUUUCACAGAGAUAACCUGUGACACGAAUGACAGAGAGAGACCCAUCCUCUGUCUAAACUGGCAACUGUUAGACUUUAUAUAUUUUUGUCAUGUGUCACUAAAUGUGCAUCUUGGUGUGAGUAACAUCGGCUCUGAAAACCCUGCACAAAUGUGUGUAAGUAUGUAAGUACAUGUAUAUAUCUGUGUACGCCUGCAGGGGUGUGUAUAUAC